UCUGUGUGUUUUGCGGACCGGCUGCACACACCGCUGUCACAUCCGCAUGUGAACCCGCUCUGCUCCGUUUUCUUAUCUCCGUCAAAGCUGAUACAGAGAUGCAAGUAACGGGAAAACUAUGUCAACUGCGAGAGCUAGGCUUGCUGACUUGGCUGAGGCAGGAGGCACAGCUGAAGACAACAGUCCUGGUUAUUGUGUUUAUUGCCUUGCUGCUGGAUACCAUGCUGCUCUCUGUGGUCGUGCCAAUACUUCCCAGUUACCUGUACUCAAUGGACCAGCUUGCCACCCGCGCCGCUGAGAGCAGCACAGUCGGUUCCACCUUCCAGCCCCGCAGUAACAGCUCAGUGGGUUUGAACUCCACAGCCGAGCCUCCGAGCCCGGCUCCCUCCUCUGAUUCAUCCAUCGUGGUCCAGAACUCCUCUUGUACCAAUUACACUAGAGCAGACACUCUGCUGGACCAUGAAAAUGUGAAAGUUGGAGUGCUGCUGGCCUCCAAGGCCGCCGUACAACUCAUCACCAACCCCUUCAUUGGGCCACUGACUAACAGGAUAGGAUACCACAUCCCAAUGUUUGCUGGAUUCUGUAUAAUGUUCUUGUCAACCACCUUGUUUGCCUUCUCAUCGAGCUACACUUUAUUACUCCUGGCCAGAUCAGUGCAAGGUGUGGGCGGCUCCUGCUUGACUGUAGCUGGUUUGGGGAUGCUGGCCAGUGUGUACACAGCUGACAAGGAGCGAGGACGUGCUAUGGGAAUAGCCUUCAGUGGUUUGGCCUUGGGAUUAGUGUUGGGCGCUCCAACUGGAAGUGUGAUGUAUCAGUUUGCAGGGAAAACAGCUCCUUUCCUGUUCCUGGCUUUCAUCGCUGUGUUGGGUGGAGCGGCACAUUUCCUCAUCUUUCAGCCAUCAGGAGUGCAGUCAGAGAGUAAAAAUGGGACCCCACUGCUGACUCUGUUGAAGGAUCCAUACAUUCUCAUUGCUGCUGGGGCCAUUUGUUUUAUAAACCAGGCUACUGCUAUGACAGAGGCGGCACUGCCCAUCUGGAUGAUGAAAACCAUGUGUGCAAGCAAAUGGCAGCAAGGUGUUGUCUUCCUGCCAGAGAGUGUUUUCUACCUUGUUGCAUCCAACACUGUUGGCGCCCUGGCUCACAAAAUUGGGAGAUGGCUAUGUGCUUUGUUUGGAAUGCUCCUAAUGGGAAUCACCGCCAUUUCUUAUGGAUUUGCCAAGAACAUCUACCAUGUGAUGGCUCUAAGUGCAGCAGCUGGCUUUUCAAUCGGCAUGGUGGAUUCCACGAUGAUGACUGUGCUUGGUCACUUGGUGGAUCUGAGACAUGUGCCUGUCUAUGGCAGCAUCUAUGCCAUUGCUGAUGUGGCAGUCUGCAUUGGUUUCUCUUUUGGUCCGUCUGUCGGCGGCCCCAUCGCAGCAGCGCUUGGCUUCCCGUGGCUCAUGACCAUCAUUGGAAUAGUCAACAUCCUCUACGCGCCGCUCUGCUUCCUCCUCGUCAGACCGUUUCAGAAACAAGAGAAUUUGGUUUUGGUAGAAGAAAACUAAGCAUGCGUGGUUGACAAUGAGUGAAAAAAUGCUGCAGGAUGGACCUCAGUCUGCAUGACAGAAACUUCACCCAAAGUGAGAAGAUGAAUUGCUGGUUAUUUAUUUUGCUCAAGAACAAAUCGGAUCAAAUGUACUGACAAAACACAAAGCUGGUAAACAUGUUACUGUUGUUGUCAUUAAAGGAAUUCAACCAUUCGUGGGAAAAGAA